GUCGUAACAGGGCUGUGAAUGCCUGCGCUUGUUUCUCGCGUACCAGCGCUAACUCACUCACUCCAAGAGGAUCUUUACAAGCAGUAGGCAUUAACUCUGUGUACAAUGUAAUGGUGGAUUAGGAACCGACACAAACAGCGUAGCUUUUCCGGAGCUGAAGGUACAGCACAGCAGUGUGGCGGCUCACGGCUUCACUGAAUGUUUCCUGGCUUGAAUGCGACUCGAUUGCAGCUGGAGCAUGUCCAUAGUAGGCUUGACAUCCCAGGAGAUUUAUUUACCCUCGCAAAACCUCUUCCUGCAUAGCAGUCAAUGCCAUAGCAUGUCCAGAGCCAAGCCCUCCUGGAAAUUCGACCAUGAUCUUGACAACUUCUACUUCAGUGUCGAUACUGUAAAUUGCAAUGUCCAAUCCAGGCAACAAGUGCCAGCGUUCUUAGCAGGAGACAAACACCGAGUCCAAUCUUAUUCCCUGAACAAUCCCGGAACGCAACCAUUGGCUCCCAAAACGUCCAGACCCGCACAGAUCAGCAUCUCCUCCACAUUUGCUCCCCACACCCCUAGCCCUGUUGAAGAUGACCAGGUGGUCCCUGGCUUGCAGCGUCUCUCUGUGUCCGACAAUGUCUCCAUUCCUGGGACGCCUAGCCGGGUAACAAAACCUCUUCCCCCAAUCCCUUGCUCUGUGGACUUAUCUCCUUACCAGACUGUGGACAAUGAGGUUGAGUUCUUUACCGGAGAUGAUAGUCGUUGUUUGGUUUCUGAUUCUUGUCCGAAAUCUUCCCAUUUUCGGUAUGGCAUGCACAGUCGACGGAGUCUUAGGGAUUACGGACAAAUCAAUUAUGCCUAUUUUGAAGGGCCAGUACCCCAUCAAAAAAAGCAACAGCAGCAGUCAAAAAAAAAGCAUGAACAUGAGUCCCAGGAAAGCCUUCUUCCCCAGCAAACGGAACCGGAACAACACGAACACCAUCAACAUAAAGCGACAUGCCAGCGGCAGCAGGAGCGUGCUCAGCGUAAGCUCCGACGCUGCCAUUCAGGACCCGCAGGCUCCUAUAACAAACCCUCCGCACUUCGGCUGUCCUGUCAUCACCGCAAGACCCAAGACCUGGACAAACCCGAAGUCCCUCCUCGGGUCCCUAUCCCCCCACGACCCUUCAAGACUGGGGACUACCGCCGGUGGUCAGCAGAGGUCACCGCUGGGACAUGCAGCGAUGAUGACCGACCUCCCAAAGUACCUCCUAGAGAACCUCUGUCUAGCAGCGUACCCUGUGCACCAAGCCCCAAGAGCCUCCCUAUUUACCUCAACGGAAUCAUGCCGCCCACCCAAAGCUUCGCCCCCGACCCCAAAUACGUGAGCCGAGGUCUGCAGAGGCAGAACAGCGAAGGCUCCCCUUGCAUUAUACCCAUCGUGGAAAAUGGCAGGAAGGUCAGCAAUACACAUUACUUCCUGCUCCCGCAGCGGCCCGCGUAUCUAGACAAGCACGAGAAGUACUUUGUGGACAGUCGAAAAACUGAGGCAUCGGGCUCGAGUUUAGACUGGUCAUGUGACAGCAAGAAGAAAACGUACUCGGAUCUUGUAUAAGUUUAUAGGACACGGACGAUGCCUUAUUGUCCGAGAGCCAAGAGGACAUUUCUGCUGUUUUUAAGCAGUCGAUUUACUCUACUUAAAAAAAAAGUAGGGUAAGUUCCAUACAACAAGCAGUUACUGAUUUUAUUGUUGGUUGUUGUUGUUCACGAAAUGGAGACACAACAUUUGUAAAAGUGCUGCUGAGAAGGCCUUGGUCACUUGAUAACAUCCAAGAAUGAUUUAUCUUUUAUAAAUUUAGUAGCUCAUUGUUCAUUAUGUGAAACCCAAGUGUUUAAAAUGCAGAUUAUGGUGCAGCCAAUGGGUAUGAGCUGGUCUGGUACCUCAUUUUAGUCAGUGUUUUUUUUCUUCUUUUUUUCUUCUUCCUUUUUUUUUUUUUUUUCUUUUUUAAGAAUUGUUAUUUUAUGGACUAUGUUGCUAGUAGUCAGGUAUUGCUUUGAAGAUUGCUGCUUCUGUGGCCGGCGGAGAGCGUCGCAGGUGAAACCGUGGAGGGACGCUAAGUCAGUAGAGCAUCUGUUCAUCAGUGUGUUUUGAGCUUAAAAUAUGAAGGACACCAAGGCUGAGAUUUUAUGCGGCCGUAUUUGAAGGAUAUUCCAUAUGAAACCCGACUGUUCCAUUGUGAAUAAAUAGGCAUGAAGUUGAAAUGUAUGCUGUUUAGCCUUCUGGAUUACUAGCGCUCUUAGCUGUUGUAUGGAAACUGUGUGUGUUUGUGUAUGUGUGUGUGUUUGUGUGAGAGAACAUACAAAUUGCCCAACUUUGUGGCACAUCUUUGUCAAUGUUGAUUGUAAAAAUACUGCAAUGUGCAUGUUACAUAGGAAUGGCUUAAAUGUAGCAUUUGUGUUCAUAGUUGUGCAUGAAUUAGCAAUUUCUCACCGCUUCACAUUCAGGAAGUGUGCCCGCCACACACAAGCUGAUUAAAUGCAGUUGCUGCAGGUUUCUUUGAUAGAUUUCGCAAACAAUAUCAGACCUGAUGGUUCCUUAUGAAUCCAGGCUGAUCGUGAUAACACACAACCCUGGCUCAUAUUAACAGGAGCUCCUUCUUCAGGUUCCUGUUUCCAAUCACAAAACUACCUCGAAUGUGACUUUUAAAACUUUGGGGGCAAUCAAAAAUCAGUGUUUGAUCUGCCUAUUACAAAGUGUUUUUUUGUUUUGUUUUGUUUUUUUAAGAAAAAUGCAAAUCCAAUCUGUGAUCUUCACCCUUUUGAUCCAGGUGUAAAAUUGGCUUCAUGAAUUUUAUUUCUGAGUUCUUUUUUUUUUUUUUUUUUAAAGCUCAGACCUGCUAAAUAAAUAAAAUGAAAAGUGUCUUGCUGUUCAGCCAUAGUUUUUAAAGUUGCAAACAAGCUGUGAGUCAGAGUUGUGAAUAGACCUGUCCUACCUCCCAUAAUGGCAAUGGCAAAAAUCUCUUUAUUAAUAUCUCAAAACAAUAAUGAAUUAUGCAUGGACCCAGGUUACAAAGGUCAACUAAAAUACCAGCGACACCCAGUAUACUUUUAGCUCUCUAAACAUUUUCCUUCAAUUUUUGGAUACACGGUGACCCCUCACAAACCUCGUUUCCGAUUAGAAACCUUUCCAAAAGCUUCAGCUGUGUCUAGUACAAUUGGCCGACUUAAAGAAAACAGUCUUUCCUGUUCCGUGUACAUGCAUACCUAUCAGACGUGAUUGCUGUGGGUGUGGGCCUCGGAGACUUUGGCUGCUGGCAGCGGGUAAAUGAGAUGUUUUAUUGUUCUGUAUUGUUAUAUUAUGGUUAUACAGAAUGUGAUUACACAGUAAAUGUAGCAGGUGCAUCUUAUUUACCUUGAAAAUAAUGAUUUGAAUCAUUUUCAAAAAGGGAAAAAGACGACAAAAAAAAAAAAAAAACAAGCUCAGAGGUCAAUCAUCUGCACAGACACCAGGAACGUAUGUAACUGAUGCCACUUUGUUUAAAUUUAAAAUUUUAUUUUUUUUGUAUUGUUGUUUGUUUUCUUUUUAUUUUACAAAAUUCCAUCUAUCCGAAAAUGUUUACAUCAUACUAUUUAAUCUCUGACCUGUUUCCUGUGUCUUAUCUAAAAGAAAUGAAGGCAAGUUCAAGAAGAAAUGAUUAAUGUUCUCUGCUGUCAUGUGGAACAAGCGAAAAAUGCACUGAGAGAGAGCAGUAUAUUGUAACAUGUAAAAGUAUUUAACACAGUCCUCUUAGCUACUGAAUAGCACUGUGUGUAGUAUAGCUCCUAAAGAAAAAAUACAAACAGAAAAUAAAGACUUAUUUAUGAACCGUGUUUGGUCUUAAAUCUUGUCUUGUUAUACCUCAAUCGGGGAAAGAUGGCCGGAACACAAAGAUAUUGCUGUUUUGCCUGUUUUAUCGCCCACGCCCUCGUGCUCUGCCUCAUUACUACUGGCCUUGUUCCAGGCAGGAGGAAGGUGAACUGCGGUGUCGCCCAGCUGCUGAUCUCUAGUCAGCCUUUCGCUUUCUUCUGUA